GGUGGUAUGGCUCAUGGAGUAGAGCGGGCGCGCCGGGAACCGCAGGGUUGGCGGUUCGAACCCCGGCUGCCCAAUGUCCCAGUAUCCCUGAUUGCUCCCUGUUGCAUUGAUAAAAAUGAAAUGUAUUGGACGUCACUCUUUGCAGCCUUGUGGAGAUGCCCCCUGCACGGACCGUUGCUCGUGGGCUCAACAAGGUGGCAGAAAGCAACUCAAAGAAUGAAAAGGCGUGACUUCUGGAGCCUCGGGAGACUCACGUGCGAUGUUCCUUGGACACAAUCCUCCUGCCUUCCACGGCGGUGGCGGUCUCGCUCUGUAGCCGCCACCUUUCUUAAGGCAGGUAGAGAAAAGCCUGGCAGCUAGAUGCCGUUUGAACCAGGGGGAGGUCUUCCUGCCGAGAACGCUCAACUGUCACAAUAACGAAUCAUAUUCGAGCAAUAACCUUUGUUAUUUUUAAUAAAUAAAUUAAAAUAAAUUUGCUAUGAAUCCACUUUAAUAAUAAACCACACUGUUUGCAUUCAUUUGGAAGUAUUCUGAUAUAUGGAACAGCUUUAUUGAAAUUAGACGGUAGGUUCACAGAGCGCAGUAGACCUGUUAGUAGUUUGUGUGCUGUUAUUCAAUGUGGACUUUGAUUCUCUUUAAUGUGCGUCUUCCCAUUUUUCACUUCUGCUGGUAUGAUUUAUGAAUGACAGGUUUCUCACGAUGGAGGAUGUUCCUCAUUAAACAUGCAUUGAACCCUUCUUACUUUGAAUAGGGAAUAAGCUACAGAGCUGAUGCACAUGGAGGUUUUUGCAGAACAAGUAGUUACAUCGUGUUCUACACCUUAUGAUCCAACAUGAGGCUUAAGGUUCCCACUGAUGGGAAACUCACCUCAGUGGUCAUAUCUCUUUUAUAACUUUCCAAAGUGGGCCAAUUACAAGCCAUUUGUGAAUAUGAAAGGGACCAAACUGCUUGAAAACAUGCAGCCCUUAAUGGCUGCUCCGACGUGAAGGUAAUACAAUACGUUUUUAUAAAACAGCAUGCAGCAGGGGGACACAAGGACUCCACUAGCUGCAUCGCCAGUUCUGCCCGCUGACCCAUUUUUCAGGUCUAUUUAUCUGAAACUCCAACUCGAUUUGUAUCUGAAUACCUGCUUAAGGCGCCAUUCGUAACCUGCAGUGUUCAUGUGUGGUCAGGGACCCUUUGUGUCAUGUUACUCCCCACUAAUAAAGACAAACAUGUUAUGACUCUGUAGUCUGGUAUGGGGGGGGGGCACCAGCUUUAGGUCUUUAUUGAAAUAGAAAAGAACUGUGUGAACUCUGUAAAGUGAAAAGCGUGGCUGCAGCGGCUCGCUCGGUUUUUAUUCCCUUCGUCUGAGCUAGUGGUGAUCUAGUCGAGCGUUUUGCUCUCAGUGAGGAGGAACAAGCGGUUUAUCAGAUGCAGAGCGGAGAGUGCGGGUCGGGAUGUCGGCUUGGACCAGGUCCUGGAUGUAAGCUGGACCCCAUCCAUUCACAGCAUGGUACCUGAGCACCAGUGUUUUGAAUUACAGGCCUGUGCAGGUAACACAUAGCACCCGUGACCUCACGUAGUGCUCGCUCCCAGCUGACUCCCCUCUGGAACCGGUAAGGAAGUCAUGUGACUGUCUGCCGGCCUCCACAUAGUUCUGUGGACCGCAGCCCUCCAGUAGGAUCCAGGUGGAGGUGUGUCAGGGGGAGUUGAAGCGUGUUCAGGCAAGACACACCGCCUCACUUGCCUUUUUCUUCAUCCUUAUUGUGUUACGAAACCUCAGAGCUCCUCUAACUGCUCCGAGAGCCUCACAUUUUGUAGUCAUCUCCCGUACUUAUCUCCGUUAUGGAUCAUAAGUAGACACGUGUGGUUAAAUGAGAAUGAAGGACAUCACCAACUGUGAUUCUGGGAGAAAUUCAGUGGGAGAGAGCAGCGAUCAUCGUGUGCAGCAGCCUCAAGGUACUGUGACUGUAGCUACACAUACUGACCCACUGCGUAAUUCAUGUGGUAAAUUAAAAAGGGAACACUUUUCAAGGCCUUUUCCUGCCUUUAUCCACCUUCCUCAUAGUCAUUUUCCAGGAAGGUGGCAUUGAUGUCAAUAUCUGAUUGCCCAAUCAUACGCCUUCUUUUCCUUUUCCAUUUGUUGAUGACUAGCUUCUUAAAUAUUGGCUUCAGUUUCAUAAAUGUAUUCAUAGUGAGGAGUCUUUUAGGGUGAACUGCGUUAGGACGUUGAUUAUGACCCGCACAAGAAAUUCUGUUUUCCCACAUUCGGUCAGACAAACGUAACUAACUCAAUAUCCCUCAUGUGCCGCAGAGUUAAAACAUAACUGUAACAAUAUUGUAACAACAGAACACUUGACAUGUCAGAAAGAUUGCGUUCAAUCAUAAAAAUCUGCUGUUUCCUCUGCCCCAGAUGAAAGGAAAGCAGUGCAGAGGAGAACCUUCACCAGGUGGAUGAAUGUGUUUCUGCAGAGACGCGAUCCUCCAGAAGAAGUGCUCGACCUGUUUGCAGACUUUCAGGAUGGACGAAUACUCAUGGCUCUGCUGGAGGAGCUGUCAGGGUGCAAGCUGGUUUAGGUCGUCUUCUCAACGCAUUUUCAGACUGAACAAUAUUUCCAAAGCCCUUGCGUUCCUCGAUGAUAGACACGUGAAGCUGCCUGGCAUCGAUGCCACAGGUAUCGCUGAUGGCAUCCCCUCUGCUGUUCUUGACCUGGUCUGGAAUAUCGUCCUGUACUUCCAGGUAAAGAAAGUGACGCAAGGCCUUCAGAGGCAUUUGUCUUCCAGCCUCUUUUCCUUAACAACAAGCAUUUACCCCUCCUCUAGCGACCUCUUACCACAGCCAAACGACAUUGGCAGCUACUCCGGCAACACCCUGCCAAGCAAAGGCAGAAAGGCUGCCAAAGGGCCAAAGUACCAUGGGAAAGCAAUCAAGACUCUGCUGCAAUGGGUCCAAAGAUGCACAUCAAGGUUUGGGGUGGAGGUGCAUGACUUCGGGAGGAGCUGGAGGAGCGGGCUGGCAUUCCUAGCUUUGAUUAAGUCCAUAAACCCAUACUUGGUCGACCUGACGGAGAGUCUGUCCAAACAGCCAAGAGAAAACAUCCAGCUGGCCUUCACGAUAGCCCAACACAGUUUGGAUAUACAACCUCUGCUGGAGCCUGAAGAUGUGCUUGGCCGUUCCCUCGAUGAGCGGUCCAUCAUCACCUACGUGUCGAUGUUUCCGGGGCGUCGUUCAGGCACAGAUGAGGAUGAUACAACAAAUAUCCGGUGGUCUGAGAUCCCAAAUUGUGGAUCACUUGAGUCUGUCAUCCCGGAAAAGACCCACGCUGAUGAACCAAAUGCCCAAGAAUCAGUGCAAGGUUUAGAGAAGAGCCGCGAGCAGCUACUGUGGAAACGCUGGUCGCAAAGAUCCUCCGGCAGCCCCGUAAACACCAGUGAGGCCACGUCCCUAUUCAACAAAAAGAAAAGCAGGAGUCAAAGCAUCUUACAGCUACCCAGUCCUCUGGAUGCAGGAGUAGUCAACCAGGAGAUCCGAUCAUGGAUGGAUCAGGGCAACAGCAAGCCCAGGGUGGAUGAAAGUCACUUCUCGUUCAGUUCAGAGGAAGGAAUCUACAGCCUGUCAGCACUGGACUCCGAUGAGGAGGAGGCCUAUAGCUACAUCCUGGAUCUGAAUAAAGAGGUUUUUCCACCACAUAAAGAGUUGAAAAGACAAGUGCCCAGGGUUGAAGAGGAAACAGAGGAAGACAUGUUCAUGAGCAGGCACCAGACUGAAGAGUUUGAACACCUGAAAACAUGGAAGACAUCAAACGGGAGAGGACAUCAAGAAGACUCACUGACGCAAAAUGUUGAACCAGAGAACCGGGCUCAGUCAGUGGCUCAUUGGGAGAAGAAAAAUAUUGAAAGGGUACCUCUUGAAAAAUGUGGACAAGUAAUUGAGAAUCAAGUGGUGGCCAACAAAAAGGAGGAGGAGAAAGCGCUGAAAUUCAAUGAAGGGCAGGAUAGAAAGUCAGGGAAAGAACAAGAGGAAGGGUAUAAGGAUGAAGAGAUGGAGAAUCAGCAAAGUUUUGGGAGUUUCAAGGUAGGAGUAAAAGCAAUAGUUGUAACUGAUAAUACUACGUAUGAAGUCAAAGGAGCUGCGAAAUCUAGAAUUAAUACAAAAGAAGCAAAUUACGUGACAGAAAAUGGCCCAAACAUAGAAGAAUCAACCAAUGAAGAUGACAAGGAAGAAUGCAGAGAUGGAGCGAUGAAUCCGGUGGGUGGAGCAGCAGAGCAGAAAGAUCGGAGCCUUAAGAUGAAGAAACAAGAACUCACUGGCAAGGCGCCAACAGCAGCAGGUAAAAUGGGCCUCAAAAGUGACACGAGAGGAGGCGUCAACGUCCGUGGUGUUGAACGGUAUCGGACGCCUGCCUGUACUGCAGCUCCUCCCUCAUCCAGAGAGGAAGGAUUCACCCCUCAAUCCUCCGCUGCUCCCUGGGACGUAACCCCAUCAGAGCAGAGCAUCCUGUUGGUCCUGUGGAUCCUGCUCUACUGCUACUUCAUCUUCUGAGGGGCCCUGCUGUCCACGCUUCUUGUCAAGAUGUGCUUAUUAGCCCGGUUUCCACUAACGAGCCAAACUGGGACACUUUGGACUGGAUUGACUCUUUAUCUGGGUCACAAACCCCCCCUUAAGGAGGCCCUUAAUGACUGUAAGCUUUUUCUGCAAUCAGACAUGAUUAGUCGUUUGGUUUAUAGCUUCAGAUAAAAUACAUAGUGCAGUUAUCCUCAUUAUUACACAUGUUGUCAUCUACUCGGCCUUACCCACACAUUACCGGGGAUGGCUGUGUGUGCAGGUCCAAUGCUCGGUUUAUCUGAUGAAUGUUUCAGCCAGAGAUCCUUCUUUUUAUUUUACUGACUUUCACAGACUUUACCGGCCACAUGGUGGCGUUGCAGCAUCACAGAAGCAACUGUCACACAGGGUCGGCUGCUCAUCCCUCAACACUUGCUGUUUAGAGAGCAGCUGUAUUGACGCUGUGAAACUAAACUGAUAAUAUUUAAUGAGCCCCUUGACAUUUUGCAGCCUCUCACUGUCACUUGCAUCGUUGUGUAUCAUUGUCCUCAUCGCUACAGAUAUCGUGUGAUAAAGGCUCAUCAACAUCACAGGCUUUUCUUUUCAUGACAUUUUUGUGACUAUGAGAUAUAAAUAAUAAAUCUUUGUCUCAUUUUUCAAA